GAAUUUAACAAUCGUGAAUAACAUGCGACCACACACUUCGUGUUAAAUUAAAAAAAAGAGAAAUUUCUGCUUUUGUUUUCAAACAACAGACACACAAGCAUUGCAAAUAUAAUUUGUGCAAGCUUUCAUUUUUUUUUCUUGCAACCAUAAAACGAUUCUCGACACGAAAGGACAAUAUGAUACGAUAACACACUUGCCAUAAUAAUUAUUAUUCUAUGUGAAUAGAGCAUUUCUUUGAAAUGAAAAGCCUGAAACGGAAAAGCAAAUAAGAAAAACCGAGAUAGAGAGGGAGAGAGGGAGAGAAAGAGAAGAAAAAAAUGAGAAGAGAAGAAACAUUUCUAUGCAGAAUAUGUGUGUGCAAAUAAAAGUUUAGUGUAAUUGGGAGAUGAAGGAAUACGGCACAUACAAUUUUAACGACAAUAAACUUGCAACAUAAACUAUUUUGAUUUGGUUAAAUGACUUUUUGUUUACAAACAUCGCACAGCAUUCCGUUUAGAUUCAUUGAAUAAGAAAGACGCAACGACAACAAGAUAAAAUACAUAAACAUAACAUUGUAAAUAUAAAUGCAUUAACUGACUGCCGACAUUUUUUUUAACGCAGAAAAACAUUCAUAAUGUGAAAUUAAUCUUAUCAAAUAAUUAAAAGUGCUCUCGCACCAAGUGCCAAUCAAAAUAAAAUAUAAAAGAAAUUGCAUUCAUGCGCGGCGACAAACGAAUUUAAUAUUUAUAAACCGUCUACCGUUGUGUUAUUAUCGUCGUAUAUAAAUAUAUAUUAAUAAGGAUUAUAGUUUGUUGUUGUUGAUGGUAUUCUCUUUUUUGCAAGCAACGCAUCGAUAUGUUUUAAAUUGCACUCUGUGGCGCCAUCGAAUGUAAAUCGAUGCUAUUUUUUUCUUUCAAAAAGCAAAGUGUUAUCGCUGGUUUGUUUUUUUUUUUUGUCCACCGGUGUUAGUGUGUAUUGUGAUUUCCCGUCGAUUUGUCUAGCGCAUACUAUAAUAUCUAUCGAUUUUUUUUAAAUAGUGAAUUUAACGCCAUAUAAAAUUACUGUGAUUAUUAACAAUUUAUGACGCUGAUUUAAAAAUCAAUUUCAUUGCAAUGCCCAUUUUCGCGACUUGGUAUCGAAAAAUGCAAUGCCCGGCACGAUGGGCCUUUAAUUCUUGACCCGGUGAUUUUUAUGUGAGCUUAUGCCAUGUGCUUCGGUACAAGUAAUUACUUAUCAAUGUCUAUGAGCUGAGCAAAAUCGUCCAUGUUUUAUUUUAUUUUUUUCACAAAGCGAUUAGUCAAUCAACACAGUAAUAAACUCAAUUUUGAUAAACUAUAUUUUGUGUUUGUGUGUGCAUGUGAAUAGAGUGAUGUUCUACGACAUUUGAAAGUGCAAAAGAGAAAGAAACAAAUGAAAUUUACUUCCUGUCACGGAAUUUUCGAAAGAACCGCAUUUCACAUAAAUUUCAUCGCAUUGUAUGCUGACCACACAUAGUAUGACAUAAAUAAAAAUUGUGUAGAAAUUGGCGACGACGAUCGGCGCAUAAAAGAAAAUGAAAUAACGCAAAGUGAAAUUCUCAUGCCAAUACAUGGAAACAGUGACAAAAUAAUGAACUUAUAAUCGCAUUGAAUGAGUCAUAAUCCCGCACACCCAAUUCGUAUUUGAUAUGAAGCAUUAAGCUUACAUCUUGUACGGUAUGUGAUCAUUUGUGAAUUGGCCGCGCGAGAGAGUUUCGAUGACAACAGGACACGGUAUUACUUAAACAAAGUAAACAUCAUAUCAAACUUAAUUAAACAAUUUACACAAAAAGCGAGUAAGAGAGAAGCUAUUGUCGUUAAUUUUUAUCGUCUUAUACUCCCGUUGUAAAAUAAAACAGUAUAAAAGAUACUGGUGUGCAACGAAUUGACGGCACAGAUUGAAAGAGAACAAACAAUCCAUGCGACGAACACAACAGAUGCAUUUCAACCGAGUGAAGAAAAAAAUGGAUGUGUUUUUAUAUUUAUAAUCUGGUAUUAUCGUGCGGUAUUUGUCAAUUAUUUUAUCGUAAAUCCAUUUCGGGAAGCAAUAGCCACCAACACGCCGAUUCAACCACACCGACCCCAACACAAUAAAAGGCAGUGCGUCACAAGCACGGAAAAAAUCAACAAAAAUAUUUUUUAUUACAUUUACUCUUGCAAUACCACUUCAAUACAGCAACGAUUCAAAUAGAAAACACAAUAUUUUAAUCGAACAUGAAUAUUUAUGUAUUCACUUAAAUUGGAUAAUGUCGUUUUAUUGUUCAACGACAACAUCAUUAACGGAUAUUCUAUAUAGCUGAAAAACUGCAUCCGCAACGCGCAGCAGAACUACCAUAUUUGACAUAAGGAAUAAGCAAAAUGUUCUCCAGAGUGCCAAUAAACCCCACUUCAGAAUUAAUACCGACAGCCACAGAUCCACAUGUACCUUCACUGGCAUCCACUACAAAUGCUGCUGUUACAUCCGACGAUCAUCUAGAAUGGUGGUCGAAUGCUAUUGAAGAGGAUUCAUUUUAUUCAUCGUUACCAUUUGAUGCUAGCGAAAGCGGUUUAUGGAAUGGUCGAUUUGUACCACCACCGCCACGACCACCCUUUUGGGAUGAUACAGUCAAACAGGAUGGCAUAACAACAUGUGAUUUAUGUACUUGGGCAUUACAGGAUCGAAACGCUUUUAGUAUUGAUGGUACAAUAAGUGAAGCAGCGGGAGAACUAGGAUGGACUUUUACGUUAAUUAUAGUAUCGAUAAUAUCAGCUCUGUUAGGUGCUAUCAUCAUGGUCAUAGUCCUUAGGUGUAAAAGAAUAAACAGCCCAAAUACAAACGGUUCACGCAAAUUACCCUCCUGGUGGAGUCGCGUUAAUCGUUCCAAUAUGUCAGCGGACGCAGCACGAAAUAUAACAAUUAAGCAAACAGUAGAUAAUAUACGGCCGGGUUCACAUGUGAAUAGUAAUUCAGGUGUUUGGACAUGGUUGAGUACACGACGUCCAUCGUCCAGUCCAAUUGAUCAGAUAGGCGCAUCAUCUGGUUCGCCUGUUGAAAAUCACUAUACACAUAUGAUGGACGAUGCAUACAGUCCAGAACCAACCGAUGAAGCAUUGUACGCUGAAUUAGAUCGUGAAUCAAUUCGUAGCGGCAAUCCAUCAUACCAAAAUACGGCGUAUUCGCAAUUCGGCGAACAUGAUAUGCCAAUUGUAUCAUCAGCACCAUCUUCAGCAUACUAUUCGGAUCUAUCGACGACCGGGAAUAAUGUGGGCGAUCGAUGCUACGAAGUGGUUGGCAUGACACAUUUAUCAGCACCAAUGCCACACUGGGAAUGCUCCGAUACAAAUUCAAAUGGACGACGACCACCACGAUUAGCCGCAAUCAAUGAAUCAAGCGUACCAUCCGAUUAUGUAUAAGAUGGCAAGGUAUAUGUGUUUGUGUGUGUUUGUAACCAAAAUAUGGUACGAGAUGCAAUAUUUCUGUGGAACACAAUUAGCCCCAUAGAUAAUCUUCAUGAUUUAGAUUUCGAAAAGAAAACACACACACAUUUACUUUAAACUAUUCUGUCAUUUCUAAUGAAUUUAAUCGACGAGCUUACUUAUUUUACAGAACUUUUUUUACAAAUAAGCGAAAUAUAGACACACAAAUAAGGUUUAAACAAAUGAAAACAAACAAAAAAAAAUUCGAUGAAAAUGUGACGCGAGAAAAUAAAAAAAUAUAGUGAAAAUGUGAUAAUGUUCAACAAGUUAGCAUAGUGAACAUAUUGAUGAAGAAGAAAAAACAAUUUCGAUCAAGAUCGUUGAUCUUGUAAAUUCCAGUAUAUAAUUUUCCGAAACUGCAAUCGAAGAAAAUAAAUACACACACACAAAAAACAUGCAUUUAAAACAGACAAACUAAAAGACAAGUGGCAUAACGUCGAAGCAUUUAGGUAAAAUGAGCUUAAAACAAAUACUAUAUGUAUAGAUAUAUUUUCGAGAAGGAACAAAGAGAAAAAAUGCAGUGGGAGAAAAAAAGAUGUAUUUUAUAUAAUAAAAACACAAAUAAUACAAAGCCAUAUAAUAUGUUCAUCACUUUUUUCUCGUCUUGCUCUUUUGAUGCGAUCAAUAAAAUACAAUGUUACAACGAACAGAGUGUAGUAGAAAAAAGUUUUAAGAAGAAGAAGAAAAAAAAAACGAAUCACUGAAGACGAUGGCGACGGCAGAAAAUUCCAAAUUAAAUGCCAUGAGACAAAACAGAAAAUCUAUUUAAUUUAUUAACCCAAUUAAAUUAAAUGAAUUCAUGUAAAAAUAACAGAGAUAAUAGCUAAAAAAGUACACACUCCACACGAAACUCAUUAUGCAAUUUAUAAUCGAAACAAAGUCGUUUGUUGUUCUUGUUCCCAUUUGUUUCUAUAUUCUUUCAUUAUUUGCUGUCAUUCCAUCGUUAUGACAAUGAUUUAUUUGAUCUUGGUUUUGAUUUGACAGAUUUUCGCUACAUAGUCCAAUAUGAAUGGUAAUAUUCAACUAUUCACACAAAUCAUAACUAACCUCAAUAUGAACAAAAAUUGACAUAAAACUGGAUUUAUCCGAAGUCUCAACCGUUUUUGGGAUAAAUUUUAGUUCAGAUUUUUUCUGCUCAAAUAUUUAAGUGCUCAACAUAUAUCCCUUUGGCAUUUGAGCGGAAAAAAUGCAUACUAAAAUUUAUCCCAAAACGGUUGAGACUUCGGAUAAAUUGAGUUUUAUGUCAAUUUUUGUUCAUAUUGAGGUUAGUUGUCAUUUGUGUGUUUGAUUAAGCGAUAUAAUUGCACCGCUAUAAAAAUCAAAAUCAAUUUCAAAACCAUUAGUCAUUGAAUGAAACACCAUGAAGACAAAAAAUCCAAUGCGAUGAAAGAAAAAAAAACACGAACGGACAACAAACAAGCAAAAUGAUAUGAUGUAUACAAAUUGUACAAAACAUUCCAUAAAACAUUAUCGAUAGGGCACAACAUAAAAUGUCCUAAUGCGUGAAAUGAAAAAAAAAUCUCGAUUAGAACACAAAAUGCCAACCUAGAUUUAAGCAAAAUCAACUGUUAAUUCCAUAUCGAAAUUGACCGAAAUCAAUAAAUGGAUAAAAGAAAAAUGUUUUGUAAAAUCUUUGGAUGAAAAAACAAAG